GUUUAUUUUGGCAAAGAGCCAUACUAAAAUCCAAAGUUUGUCAAAAAAACAAUGAAGGGAAUUGGGAUGAGAUAUUAAUCCAUUCAAACUAGUAGAGAUGAUUAGAGGAAGUGCAGAAAUCGGGGAUCGUUCUCAAUCAAACAGCUCAUUUCUGAUUCUUUGGACUCUCCGUUCAUCAGAUCACCAUGACUGAAACGCUUGCGUCGCCGGUCCCAGCUUCUCCCUUGAAGCUUUACUCGUACUGGAGGAGCUCUUGUUCUCACCGUGUUCGAAUUGCCCUAAACUUGAAAGGUCUAAAUUUCGAGUACAAAGCUGUUGACCUACUGAAGGGAGAGCAAUUCACUCCCGAGUAUGAGAAGCUCAAUCCUAUUGGUUAUGUACCCACUCUUGUGGAUGGGGAUGUUGUUAUUGCCGACUCUUUUGCUAUAUUAAUGUAUUUGGAGGAGAAGUACCCUCAGCAUCCUCUGUUGCCUCGUGAUCUUAGUAAAAGAGCUAUUAAUUACCAGGCUGCAAACAUUGUUUCUUCUAGCAUACAGCCUCUUCAAAAUCUAGCUGUUCUGAAGUACAUUGAGGAAAAAUCUGGUCCAGCAGAGAAACUUCGUUGGGUUCAACAUCACAUUGAAAAAGGUUUUACAGCACUUGAAAAGCUGCUAAAAGCUCAUGCUGGGAAAUAUGCUACUGGAGACGAAAUCUUUCUGGCGGACUUGUUUUUGGCUCCCCAAAUUCUUGGCGCCAUCAGCAGAUUCAGUGUUGACAUGUCCAAAUUUCCUCUAUUAAGCAGGUUGAAUGAGGAAUACAAUGGCAUAGCAGCAUUUCAAGAUGCAGCGCCAGCAAAGCAGCCUGAUGCUACCCAAACUUCUACCUAGUCCAUUUUAGUAUUUCUCUUUCAUUCUCAAUUUCUGGAUCAUAUUGAACUCUUGCGUGCGUCUGGGGGGGUGUAUUUUAUUGAUGAUGAAGUUGCUGAAGUAAUAAAGAAAAAAGAACUGCCCUUUCAAAAUCUUGAGGAAUA